AUGGCGGAGACGCUGAGGCGGGUGCUAAGCCGGGGCAGCGCCGCCGGGUCCGGGGAGAACACAGCCGAGGCUGGGCCGCCUUUGCUGCUGCUCGGCGGUCCCGGCUCUGGAAAGACAGCGCUGCUAUUCGCGGCGGCCCUGGAGGCGGCAGGGGAGGGCCGAGGGCCCGUCCUCUUCCUGACCCGGAGGCCUCUGCAAAGCCUGCCUCGCGGGACGGGGGCAGCGCUCGACCACCUGCGCCUGCAGAAGAUCCGCCUCCAGUACCCACCCUCGACCCGUGAGCUUCUCCAGCUCCUGUGCUCUGCUCAUGAGGCCCGGGGGCCAGCCCCCUCCCUCCUGCUGCUCGAUGGCCUGGAGGAGUACCUAGCUGAAGACCGGGGGCCCCAGGAAGCCGCCUACCUGGCUGCCCUGCUUCUGGACACAGCUGCCCACUUUAGCCACCGAAUUGGGCCUGGUGGUGGCUGUGGGCUCAUUGUGACCCUCCAGACCCAGGAGGAGGGAGACAUUGGGGACGCCCUGCAGCUGUCACUGCUCCAGCGGUAUUUCCCUGCCCAGUGCUGGCUGCAGCCAGAUGCACCAGGCCCAGGACAGCACCGCCUCCGAGCCAGCCUGGAGCCAGGUGGGCUGGGCCCCAGGGCAGAGUGGUGGGUGACUUUCCGACCAGAUGGAGAGAUGACAGUCACCCCGUGGCCUACCCAGGCUGGCGACCCCAGCUCAGACAAGGGUUCAAGCUCUGGAGGGCAGCCUUGAGCUUUGGUAUGUGACAACCUCUCUAUGCCUUGGUUUCCUGUGUCUGGAAUACUUCCCCCAGGGAAAUGUGCAGAUUCCAAGACCUAAAGAAUGUAAAGUGCUUUUUCUCUUUUAAAAGUAGCAUUACUGUGUACAUAUUAUGCUCAAUCAACAUAUUGUUUCGUUUUGCUAUUUUGAACUUUAUAAAAAGAGUUUCGUGAUAAAUGUAAUCUUAUGAGACUUCCUUUUCUCCCACUCAGCAUCGUUACUAAGACUCAGCCACAUUUUCUAGUGCAUUCCUUUUUCCCUACUGGGUAUAGUUCCAGUAUACCCCAAUUUAAUCAUCAGAUUGACUUAUUUACUGCUCUGAACAUUCUUGCACACAUGUCCUGGUGCAUGUGUGUGAGAGUUUUUAGGGUAUAUACCUAGAAGUGGGAUUCCUGGAGCAGAAGAUAUGCAUAUGUUCAGCUUUCCUAGGUUAUAUGAAACUUUAAAAAAAUGAUUAAACCAGAACUCCCAUGGAGCCACUUGGUGACACUUAGUGUCAUCAGAGUACUUUCUUUGAACAGGGCCUGUCACAGAAUAAAGCCCUAUGAAUUAAUGUUAUUAUUAUUAGUGGCAGAGACAAGCUAGAGGUUCAUGAAACAGCAUUCCUCUGGAUGCACAGCU